AAAAUCAUGUUACCCCUCACUAAAAUAUUAUCAAAAUAUCUUCAUCAAGUUGACCUUGACAUCGUUGAAUUAAAUAAACGCUUAUCAGAACUUUCAACACCUGAACGUCAUUUUCAUCGACGUCGUUCUUCCAGGAAUCGUACACGACAUCUUUCAUUGCGCACUGACCACCGUCACAAAUCAUCUGGCAGUAAUUCAUCUCGUGAAGAUGUUAUCAGUUCUGAACACCUAAGUCCGAAGCCAAAUGUUGACAAUAUCAAGAUCCGUAAACCAUUAAGUUUACACCAAGAUAUGAGCUCAAUGGAACCAAAAAUUCACAGCAGUCAAACACUAUUGAAUAUUAUGAGCAAUGGCGGUGGCAGCGCUUCUUCAAUUCAUUCUG